GUCAAAGCUAGCUGUUGACUAUCACAGUAAUAAACAUUUGUCAUUUUGGCAUAUUUACAAUUAUACACUCAGUUUUGGAUUAAAAAUGUUAAAUUUUUCUAUUGCAACCGAAAGUGAUCGCCGGGAGGCUGCUAAAAUAGAACAACGUCGUGCCAGAGAAGAAGAACGAAAGCAAAGAAUAUUUAAUCCCCGUGCCAGACUUAUAGGGAUCGACGCAAUAGCCUUGCGACACCAAGUAGAAGAGAAAAAACAAAAAAAUUAUGAAGAUAGAAACAUUGAUAAAAUAUUCAAAGAACAACUAAAAAAAGCCGACGAAAUUGCUCUAGUUCUUGAGCAAAAAGAAUGUGAAGAACGUAGAAGAGUGCAGCAAGAGAUAAAUAAUUUUAGAAAAGUGUACCAACGUCCAGAAGAUAGAAGAGAGUUUGACCUGAAUGAUCCCGAGUCUAAGAAAAAGCAGUUGCCAUGUAGAGUUCAUGACGACGAUCCAAGGUUGGGCAUUUCAGCAGCACAAAAGUUCGAAGGAGAAGAUUUAGUGUCAGAAGAGAGGCGCAGAAUGCAAAACGAAGAAACUAAAGCGUCCUUGGAGCAACAAAUUCGGGAAAAAGCUGGUGCUGAGAAAGAACAAAAGAUGGCCGAAGAUGCUUACAUAGCAGCAAUGAUAGCUAGAGACCAAAGAGCGCUGGAGCUUGAUGCUUUGGAAAAUAUGUGUAGAAAAAAAGUUCAAGAGGCUGCAGUCAAAUUUAACCAAGCAUUAGCGAGCGAAAAACUUUGUGAAAAACAAAAAGCUGAAAAACAGAGGACAGAAGAUAACUUGGCCGAUAUAUGUAACUUUUUAAACAGUGAUUUAAUGACCGAAAAUCCAGACGUUGCCCAAAGUAAUUUUCCUGGCAAAAAAAUCACUUCUUGCUACAAAGGCCUUACGGCAGCUGAACGUAUAGCUUUUAAGAAGGAAUUACUUCAACAAAUAGAGCAACAGAAACAACUAAGGGAAUUAGAAAAAAGACGAAAUAGAGAAAUGGAUGCCUACACUGAUGGUACGCAGAAGAGCAUCUACAUGCUAGACCAAGAGCUAAAACUCAAAGAAAAGGAACGAAAAAAGAAGCUUGCCGAGGAAAAUCUUAAAUUGGCAGAAGAACAGAAAAGCCGUAAGCGAUAUUUAGAUAAAGUAGUGUACUCCAAUAUACCUUCAGAUGAGUUUUAUGAUCAGUUUAAUCGGACUGUAAGAUGAAGUGGAGUUAUAUUGCAGACACAAAAAAUGUUUAUAUGUUUAAUAAAGAAAAAACAAUAUAUGUAUUUUUUAAAAGAUUAUUCUUUUUAAUAAAAACCAUAAUCUAUC